AAAAGCAUUUCUAUAUUUGUCGUCAAUAACAAUGGCCACUUUUGUUUACAUAUAAUAUUUAUAUUAUAUAUUUCUUGACGAAAUUCUCUGUUUAUAGGACAAAAUAAAGAAGAAGAGAACAGAAGACCAACAAAAAAAAAGAAAGAUGAAUUAUAAUAUCACAACCAAAAACGUUUUAGAUGUGUCAGCGUUCUUGCUCUUAGAAGCAUCCGCAGAUUCCGAAGCUGGCCACGGCGGCGUUGACGAUGAUAAAUGCGUUAAGGAUAUUGAUGAUGAUGAUGAGUCUUGUAGUGCCAGCUGUUCGUGCGAGAUGUCUUGUAUAACGUGGACGAGUCACACGCCAGAUCGUCAGUUAGAAUUUGCCGUAGAAGAUACGGUGAAGGAAGAGACAGACGCUGCAGAGGAAGAAGAAGAAGAAGAAGAAGAAGAAGAAGACGGAGAAGGAGAGGUGAAUAGCUACAUAAGAUCAUGUGGAAGAAGCCAACGCGAAAAUCUGGCCGUGGCGAUCAGUGAGAUGGAUCAAAAUCGAAUGUUCUGGGAAGCUUGUCUCGCAUCUUAAUCUGUCAUUUUUUUUUUUUUUUCUCAGCAUGCAACAACAACAGAGAAAGCAAAAUAUCUAGAUUAAUUAGCGUGUUCUUGUCUGGUUUUCUUUUUAAUUAAUGCACAUCUAUAUAUGAAUUGUUGUUACACUGUGAAUACACUGUACCCAGAUGGUACAUCAAAACUCAGAUGGUACACCAGACGCGUAUGAUACACCAGAUCCAAAUAGUACAUUAGAUCCAGAUGGUACACCAUACGCAUAUGGUACACUAGACCUAAAUGGUAUACUACCUAAACGGUACACCAUACGCAUAUGGUACACUACCUAGAUGAUACAACAAAUCCAUAUGGGCCAAAUAUACACAAAUCGUAAUUUUAGUGGGCUGCCAUUAAUUAAUUCAGGUUCAACUAGAAAAAAAUUGUGGACCCACCCAUUAAACCCAUUAGUCCAGUCUUUAAGUUUCCUUUUUCUCAAAACCAAAAAUAAAGUUUGAGUUUUUCGUUGGUUCUAUCAAGCAUCAGCAGAAGAAGAUUCCGUCUUUUACUCUGCCCAGAAAGACUCAAUUUUUAGAAGCCAAAACAGAUGUGAGCUCAGCCAAAAGCAUCAAAGUUACCACAAAAACUUAAAAGAACAAAACUUUACCAACUAAUCAGUGUUUUCCAUCUAAAUCACACUCCAAAUUAUCUUCAUUAACAAACCAAAGGAAGAAACUUUAACUCAAUUUCAUCAAAGAUCAAGCACAACAGAGACAAGAAACCCAAAAACCAGAAGUUCAAUUUCAAAAUCAAAUGCACUGGCAAAAAGUAAGGAACUGAAGUCAAACCAAAUUAAAAAAAAAAAAAA